CUGUUUAGUCUUUUGCGUUCCUUGCUAACUCUGGGUCUAAUGCUGAUCCCUCCAGUUUUACUACUCGUCCUGUGUGAUUUAGUUCAGUCGACAGUAUAUGUAAUGAACAAUGGCAUCUUCAGUGUUAUCGUCACUUCGUUUGAGGAUGCUGUCAGUCAGUUUGGCCCUGAACUAUUUCAUGUUGAUGGCUUUCUGCUCAUCGCCUCUCCACCAAAUGCCUGUACUAAAGUGCAGCCGGUGCAUAACAGAACACGUUUGAACAGCUCCUCUUCCAUGGUACCAACCGAAAUUUCCGACAUACCUUUUGUUGCCCUAAUCCAACGAGGGGAUUGUCACUUUGAUACCAAAGUCUUCAACGCGCAGAUGGCUGGCUAUUCUGCGGCGAUAGUAUACAAUGAUGUUGACCACCUUAUAUUUCCCAUGAAAGGAAAUAUGGUUGCUGAUCAGAUUAUUAUACCGUCAGUCAUGGUUGAUAGAAGCGCCGGAGAAGAGCUAAAGUCAUACGCUUUUUCAAAUGAUAGUAGAAAGUACCUGGUCAGUGUGGUCAGUUUCUAUAGUUUGCCGCUGAAAUACGUCCUUCUUUCUUUGCUGGUUCUUGUGGGAAUAUCUUUACUCAUUCUGAUUGGAUGUUUUGCUGCUCACCUGUGCAAUCUCUGGCGUCGAAUUCGUCGUGGACGGCUAUCGAAACGCCACUUGCGCCGUCUGGAGACAAAACGCUUCGUCAAAGGCCAAGACCCGUAUGAAACCUGUCCAAUCUGCCUAGAGGACUACAAAGAGCGUGAGAAACUUCGUCUUCUUCCGUGCCAUCACGCGUUUCAUAUCAACUGUAUUGAUCCAUGGCUUCUACGAAAUCGCCGUCGGUGCCCCGUUUGUAACCGGACAGUUGAUCUUCCAGGAGCACCAAGAUCGUUUUCCGAUGAGGAAGUUCAUGGUGCUGGACCGGAGGAGAGUCGCUUACCGGCGCUUGGGCUCCUCCAGAGAUUUCGUCACCUGUUUUUUAUUCUACGUCGCCGGACGGCCUUUCGUCACGAUCGUAUGAGUCGGACAGCAUCGAUCGCUUCGGCCAACACGUUGUUUGACGAUGCUAAUGAGGAAUCAGCCCCUUUAUUGUCACAUCUGAGUGCAACUGACUCGGCUACGUUCACAAUGGUUUGCAGUCAGAGUUCACCUAUAGCUUCUCAGCAAGCAUAUUCCAAUCACUCUGUCGUAUGUCCAGUCACGAUAGAGGAUGAUCAGCUUCUCAUCUUAGAUAACGAGAGUUCUCAACCAACAGCUCAACCUGCCGAUAUCGUUGACGGGUCAGGCAGUCUCAUUGGAGAGGUCAGUAGGCCUUUGGCGAGCGCUCCUCUUUCUUCCGGUAUGCGUUCACCUGGAGAGAAUGUCAAUGCGUCCUCUCGGUUGACCAAUUCCGAUGCGCGGUUACUCGUCGACUUGGAACCAUUUGUUUCCACUCGGCAUUAAUUAUUGUACACGCUUGGAACUUUGGUAACCGUGGGUUUAUUUUUCACCCACAUCGUCUAUUUUUACUCACCAAAACCUGCAUUGUGAUCUACGAUCUGUUCACUUGCAUACUCGGCCCAGUUUAGACUGUCAUAAUUGUGAACGAGAUUGCCUGCGUUUUACAUUUUGCUUCCUCUUUUUCUCAGUCAUUCAUUACCAGUUCUUUCACUCAUCGUGGUGUUCAUUCUUUUUCAUUUUGACUGACUGUGCCUAUUUAACAGCCCGUUCUUUCAGCAUCGUUACACACCCUUCCACUGAUUCCACAAUAGCACCAGCUUCUCUUCAAGUGCACCCUAGAACAUGUUUGUACUCUACCAGUUCACGCAAUCAUGGCACUGUACGUUUAUUUCUUAAAGUAUCUUUUGUCAGGUUCUCGCAUUACUAUCUUAUGGGCGUAGCAGGCAGUCUUUUUCUCUGUGGGACUGCUGGGCCAAUCAUUUAUUAUGUGAUAGAAAACUCACAGGGGCCUGUCGAUUCUUCUGAUAAAAAACCAC